GGCGGGGGGGGGAGAGAAGGAUCGUGGAGAGGGUUCUCUUUCCAUACGUACGUAUUCUCCUUGUUUGUCAAUGACUUGCUGCUUGAGUCGACAUCCUUCAUAUUAUCACUGCUUGGCUGCCGGCUUGCUCGACAUUAUUCGUUGAUAUCUCUGCUUGGCUCGCGGCUUGCUCCGAGUCGAUAUCACCUCGUGGAUAUCACUGCUUGCCUGGCGGCUUGCUCGAUAUCACCUCGUGGAUAUUACUGCUUGACUGGCGGCCUGCUCGAUAUCACGUUCGUUGAUAUCAUUCAUUGCAGCUUUCGCUUGCGAGCGAAGAUGGCAUCUCGGGGGCUCGCAUUCUUACUGGUGGUGUGUUUGAUGCUGCAAGGUGUUUCGGCCUGGCCGGUUGCGCAGAACGGUGACACUGGAAGCACUGUGGUCGCCGUGCAGGACUUGCUGAAGGCACGCGGCUACUCACUUGCUGCCGACGGGAUGUUCGGACCAAUUACCGAGGGGAAAGUCAAGGCCUUCCAAAGUGCAAAUGGACUUGACCCCGACGGAAUCGUGGGUCGGUUGACGUGGCCCAAGCUCAUCUUACAAGUGCAAUUUGGUGACGAAGGGGCUGCAGUCCAUGCUGUCCAGUAUCUCUUGGUGUACAAGUACGGCCUUCUGGCAGGCGCUGGUGACAUUGACGGUGUGUUUGGCCAGAAGACGAAGAAUGCUGUGAUUUCCUUUCAGUCUAGGAAAGGAUUGACUCAGGAUGGAAUAGUUGGUGCCAUAACCUGGGAAGCACUGGUCUCCUAGUCACGUGGGUGAGAGGAAUUAUCAGAGGAAGUGGCCUUAACUCGGUUUUGAAUAGGGUUGUGUGGAGGAAUCGACCAAUCUUGUUCCGUCGUUCGCGGAGGCAGGUGGGGUAGUUGCUAUGAGGAGGCAGCACCGAGAGACCAGUUUUGAAUUUACUUUAGGGACAAGAAAUCUCAGUGAAACUUACUAACGUGAAGAGGAAGAGGAUUGAUUGACUUGGCAUGGGCGGUGCGAUGGUACCCUGGCAGUAAAUCCUUCGCAGUUGGGAAGCAAUCAAUGCUACAAACCUACCGCGGAUCAAUUUCUGUUGUGACGAAUGCAUGGGACCCUGGGCCCGUUUCCCAGCGAGUGUUACUCUGCACUUAAAGAACAGAGCCAUCACGUGACGGCACGAUCUCCAUCUCUGAGGUCCUCUUACCCCUUUGUGAUGGACUCAUGCAACUCUAUGUUUGUUUACAGAAAGAACUAAGCGUGAAAAAGGGUCCUCUCCAGGUAUCUAUUGAUUGCACAAUGUCACUUUUUCAGGGACAGGGGAACAGGCUUGUCUUGACAAUACAAGCACCGCCUGUUCAAAACCGUCGGUGAGGAUGUCUCACUUGUCUAUGUUCCAUGGGGAUCUAUCGUAUUCGUGUGGAUGUGGCAUAUCCAUUCUCGCUAUAAGCUUUUGCUUUUUCUUUCUUUCUUUUCCAAUGAUGUGCAUGUGGCAUAUUCAUUUUACGUAUUUGUUUUUUAAUUAAACCACCAGUACCUUUCCCCGCUUGAAAAACAAAUGCCCUUUGGUUAA